AUGGUCCAAUUCAUGAAGUCGGUUCGUGUAGCAGCCAUGGCAGUCAGCGCGGUGCCAAAGGAUUUGAAAAUCUCCGAGUCUGCUUCGGUUCAGGCUGUUGUCAAGACCAUCGCGGCGGACACCAUGUCAUAUUACAAGGGCUCGUCAACGGCAUAUGUUGACCUUGCUUCUCCUUAUUGGUGGUGGCAAUCCGGUGCCUUGUUUGGUGCCAUGAGCGAUUAUAGCCACUACACAGGGGACAAGAGCUAUGACCAAACCAUCGCAACGGCCCUACUUGCGCAAACCGGACCGAAAUAUGACUUCAUGAGCCCUGCACACGAGGGACAGAUGGGCAAUGACGAUCUUGGAUUCUGGGGCUUUGCUGUCAUGUCGGCAGCUGAGCGCAACCUCCCACAACCAGAAUCAAACGUUCCAUCGUGGCUGAAGAUGAGCGAAAACAUCCAUGCGUCACUGGCGAGCAGGUGGGAUACGUCUACUUGUGGAGGUGGUCUUCUGUGGCAGAUAUUUGCCAGUAACCCGAACGGCCUCAACUACAAGAACAGCGUCAGCAACGGAGCUUUCUUCCAACUGUCUGCCCGCCUGGCUCGCGCCACCGGCAACCAGACUUACAUGGACUGGGCAAACAAGAUCUUUGACUGGUCGACGGGCGUCGGCUUUAUAGAUGAGAACUUCCACGUCUUCGACGGCGCCGACAAGCGGGAAGACUGCAAAAAGGUCAACCCGGUGUCCUUCACCUACACCAACGGCAUCUACAUGUACGGCGCCGCCAUGCUGGCCAACAUUACAAGCGACACCAAAUGGAGUGAUCGCACCCGCAAGUUUGUCGAAGCCAGCAAGGCCUACUUUGGCCCGACCGCGAACGCCUCCAACAUCCUGUAUGAACCGGCCUGCGAGACCGGCGGCACCUGCAACGUCGACAUGAAGUCGCACAAGGGUCAACUGGCACGCUUCAUGUGGGCCUCGACCUUGAUGCAGCCCGCCAUCCGCCCCGCCGUCGAGUCGCUCCUCCUCCCGUCGGCCCAGGCCGCCGCCUCGACGUGCACGGGCGGCGCCACCGGCUCCCAGUGCAGCCACAGGUGGUGGACCGGCGCCUUUGACAACGAUACGGGCCUGGGCCAGGAGAUGUGCGCCCUAGAGACGAUCCAGGGCGUUCUGGCUGGCGCGGCUGCCCCGCCCCUCCGCGGCAACGACAUUAAGGACAUCCGAGUCCCCAAACAGACGAGCUCGUCUUCUGCGCCCAAGAGGCUUACGAGAGAUGAACGCCGCCUGGCGGCUCGCCGUGCUUGA